AUGACCGACGCAACCACAGAACUGACCGGGCCCCGGCGGUGCUGCUCCCGCCAGGAGGACAGCGGACCUUUCCUAAAUCACACCCAGGGCCAUUUUCCCCUCGCGGGCUCGGGUCCUCAGCCUGUUAUCGUGGCCCGAGGGUGCUCCCAGCAGGGGGCGCCGUCCCCACCCUUGAGGCGCUUCAGUUACUCGGAUCGGUGCCAGCGCGAGGCGGACUGCAAAAGGCAGUGCUGGGAACCGCCACCUCCUCUCUUUAUGGGAAGGGAUAAUAAAGAGAAGGCUCACGUGCGGUGUGGUGGCAGCAGGAGAGGCCUCGAGACGCAGAGCGACGCCGGGGAGCUCGUGGACCUGCACCUGCCGCGGACAUGCUCCGCUAGCAACCGCAUCGUCGGUGCCCAGGACCACACAUCCAUCCAGAUGAACGUGGCCGGGGUUCAUAAGGUCACAGCCAGGUUUAACGGCCAGUUUAAAACUUAUGCCCUCUGCGGGGCCAUUGGUAGGAUGGGUGAGUCAGAUGAUUCCAUUCUCCGAUUGUCCAAGGCCGAUGGCAUCGUCUCAAAGAACUUUUGACUGGAGAGAAUCACGAAUCCGGAGAGACCGGAAGA